AAGAAAAUAUGUUUAAAAACACAUUUCAGUCGGGAUUCCUCUCCAUUCUUUACAGUAUUGGUAGCAAGCCGUUACAGAUAUGGGACAAGAAAGUAAGGAACUGUUCCAUAUCCAUGCUACAACCUCAUUCUUCGUUUUUUGCUAUAUAUGCUAUAUUGAACACUUCUUUUUUUCAUUUUUAGGUGAGGAAUGGGCAUAUCAAGAGAAUAACUGACAACGACAUUCAGUCUCUAGUUUUGGAGGUUGUAGGAACUAACGUCAGGUAUAAGCAGAGACUGUUGAUUUUAAAAGAGAAUUCACCUCUCCCACAUAUCGCAUGAGCUAGCCCGUUUGAAUCAAGAAAGUCAACGUAAAUGCAUAUCAGAAGACCUUUUUAUCCUUUUGUAGUUCACUUUACUUCAUCAAAAUGAAGCGACUUCCUGCUCUGAGCCGUAUGUAUUUUUUAUUUCAGUACGACUUACAUUACCUGUCCCGCUGACCCCAAGAAGACGCUUGGAAUCAAGCUACCUUUCCUGGUGAUGAUCAUAAAAAAUUUGAAAAAAUACUUUACUUUCGAAGUCCAGGUAAUCAGCAAUGAUCUUUCUUACGAUAUAUCAAAUUUUCGAAGUUCCAGAUCUUUUUGUAGUUACUGAAACUCAACCUUACAAUCUACAACUCAUUUGUUGACACUAAGGUCCUAGACGACAAGAACGUCAAGAGGCGAUUUCGCGCGUCAAACUAUCAGUCCACUACACGAGUAAAACCCUUCAUUUGUACUAUGCCGAUGAGACUGGAUGACGGAUGGAAUCAAAUACAGGUGAAUUUUGAAAUAUUUUGUUGGUACAUUUAGUUGCUAACUGCAUGUAGCGUGACAACGUGUAGAACAAUCUGGUAUUUGAUUCACGUACCGCCAGGAGCCUACAUGUAAAUCUUAUUCGAUUCUUAUAUUAUGAUGGCUUUCGAUGAAUGAAUUUCUUUAAUUUAAAAUGUAGAGGAACACAUCCUACGUGUUAAAGUUUUCAGUGGUACAUUAAUGUAUGAAAGGAGGAACAACAAUUAAAUAUUUUUUACCGAUGUUGUUGCGCUAGUAUAAAUGUAAAUACAGUACAUUUAAUACUUUGGCAUUUGGUUUAAUGUAAACUGGUAUCUUUCAUUUUUUUUUCCAGUUUAACCUUUCGGAUUUUACAAGACGGGCAUAUGGUACAAACUACAUUGAAACACUUCGUGUACAGGUAUUUUGUAACCUUUGCUAAUUUUAAAAGAGCCUCUGAUUGGCCAAGAUUCUAAAGCAUUUUAUACAUCUCGUCUCCUGUGAUGAAAGAGUUUGUUCAUCGUGAAAAAUGUGUACAAAGGGUUUUGUUUAUUUUUUGGUUCACGAUUGUCACUUAGAUAUUGAUUGUGAUGUUUUGACCGCAUAGGGUAGGUCUUCAUCAGGUGAUAGUGUUGGUUCACUGAAUAAGGACUAGUUGUACCACCGUGAUUGGUGUAUCACAUACCUUGCUGGUGGGUUUCGAUCCAAAGCAUUGUUGGCAUUAUAAGUACAGGAAACUGUUCUCUCAGUGGUUUAUUGUGGUAGGGAUCAGCGGCUAUGUAGUCUGAUUAUAGGCAUCCCCUCUUCAGGAAUCUAAAUUCCUCUGUCCUUAAUGAUGUUAUCAGGGUGAAGUCUUAUGUGAAUACUCUCCUUAACUCUAUGAGAGUACCAGCAGGGCUGUCAUUAAGAGCUGGGGGCCAGGGAUUUCCCCCAGAUACUAUGAAUGUGGUCCCCUGCUACUUUCAUUGGAAAAUAGAAGAAAAAUAGAACCAAAAGGAAUCUCUAGCUGUUUGAUUCCCCACCUACUUGUUGUAUUUACCCGACAACUAGAAAUCUGAGUGACAAUCCUGACCAGUGAGGUUCUCGGUCAAUAAACUUAAUGUUGUCCCAGAUCAGAUAAUGCCCAGGCUUAUUAACACGUUCAGAACAGCUGAAGUUUGUGUUUGUGAAAGCUGUAUAUCCCUAUCGUAUGCCUUAAUUCUUUCAUGUGUGCACAUUCUCAUUUUGCCUUUACUACAUUUACAUACUCCACUCCAUCUUGUUUCCAAAGAUCAACAGCAUCCUUGAUGGAACAACUCGUGCCAAGUGUGAUUUUAGUGUUUUGUCUGACUUGAAAGCAGAUCAUAUGCCAUGCUGAUGUAGGCAACAACGAAGUGGUUCAGAUAACCCUUUGAUGUAUCAGGGCUGUCAGAAAGUUUUUAAGUAGCAGGCUGAUAAUGAAUAAUAGGUGGCUUUGGAAUGGUCGCACCAAAGGCAGUUCCUUAGGGCUUAGAAUAGGCAUGUAGGGACAUUUUGAAAUUUAGAGUCUCGGAAAUCAUGUUUCCAGGGGUUUUCAAGAGGUAUUUUCCACCAGGAAGCCAUUGUUUCAUCAGAAUACACGCAAGACUGGGAACAAUGCUGUCAAAAUGUCUCAGGCAUUCCAUGACAUCGCACGGUUCAAAUGUUUCACACAUCUAAACCUGUUUAAAUAUGCAUUCAAUAUCAUUAAAACAGUCCAUCUGACAGGGUGCAAUAAAAAUCAGAAACUGUGCGAUAUUUUCGGGUAGAUUGUGCAAUACAAUAGGACUUUUAUGCGAUAAAUUAUACGAUUUGUUCAGGGCUAAUUAACAUUGUUUUACCAGGUUUCAAAGGAGAAAAAUCAGUUUAAUGUUGUUUAACAGGCAAUUUGAAUGUAAAAGAAUAAUAAAACAUCUAUUUUAAAACAAGAUAGUUAAAUUUGUCCAAUUAUCUUGACAUGGAAAAGAAAACAAAUAGAAAGAAAGAAAAAGGACACUUGUUUAAUAUUACAUGACGCGGUUACACCACUGACCACACUGCUUGUCUCUGAAAUGAAAAUGGCUGCCCAGAUACCUCGAUUGAAGGUUUCAGAUGUCUUGCAAGGCUUUCUUUAGUGGCAAAUCACCUUAAAUAAUGUUAAGAUUGGGAAAAUGUGUGAUUUAAGUGAGAAUUUAUUGUUUACUUUACUUGAAUUUAGCGUUUUUUUUUACGAACUAUGCGAUUUUUCUCAAAUUGUGCUAUUGGAUGCUAUUUGAGGUCAAUUGUGCGAAAUUGCACCAUUGCCAGGGCUUCUGAUAUUUCGCGGAAAAAAAAGCAAAAUUUCGCGGGAUUUUCAGGGGCAAAUCCGCGAGGAUUUUAGCGGAAAAAAGUCAAAUUUCGAAGGAUUUUCAGGGGCAAAUUCUUAGAAAAAUCGGCCGAUUUCACGGGAAAUUUCGGGGGUAAACUUCGCCAAGAAACAAUCAGUAAAAAACAGCCGAUUUCGCUGGAUUUUUUUUUGGCAAAUUUCGCUAAAAUCAAUCAAUUCUGCGUCGAUAUGACCAGCGUUGUUUAUCGUUGUUUUUUUAACAGGGAUAAUCAUUUGUUCUUUCAACAACAGUUUGCUCGAGAAAUGAGCGAAUGCUAAAGCUAUUAACAUUAUGGUUAGUGCCCAGUUUUUCGCAACAUUAAUCUAAGAACGCCUGGUAGUUUUGGGACGUUGUUUACUCGUUGCCAUGACGAAGUUUCAAGAUAAAUUUGGACGUUUGGGGUGAAUAAAACAGGUCUAAUGGCCAAGAUAAGUAUUAAAUACGUUUGCCGACAAGUGUUUGGAAAUAUUUCUGGCGGAUUUCGCGGUAUUUCGCGUUUUUGGGGGAAUUUUGCGGGAUUUCGCAGGUCCGCCACCGCGCGAAAUAUCAGAAGCCCUGCAUUGCGUAAUAUCAGAUGGCCUGUUAAAAAAAAGGAUACUUUACAAUUUUAUUCGAUAGUGCUUAUUUUUUGUUAGCAGUUAUGGUAGAAGGAGAUGAAAAUAGCCAGCUAAGGAUGGCUAACUAGCCGGUGGUUUUGGCUGGCUAUCAGCCCUUAUUGACAGCCUUGAUGUAUGGCAGAACCGCGGUAGAUUUAAUUUUGGUUGUGGGUUUUUAUCAGAUGCCUCCCGGUUCUUGGAUUUCGUGAUGUUAGCUACAAACAAAUAGGGGUAUCCAUUAGAGACAAGGACAGAGGAUAAAUGCUUCCUUUCCUCAGAGAUAACUCGGUGCUGGUUUACUGAUGGUAUUUUUUGAUCAAUACUAUUGGCCAUUUCGAAGUUGCAUAGGGAACUGGGGCAAGUUUCAAAUUUAAAUUGAUUGAUAAACUGACAGCACCAUAUAAAAGGUCAUGGUGAGAUUGGUUGUUUGGCCAAGUUUGGUGCUCUAAAGUUAAACAGGGAUCAAGUUAUGACUCUUGCAACAUAUUUAAAGAUCCAUGCGAAAGUCUGUAAUUUUAUGACAGUGUCCCCCCAAAACCAUAUAAACUCUUAUUUUUUCAUGAUUUCGGUGAUAUUCCUGAAAAUGGGCAAACAUAGUGAUUUUCGAAUUAGUUCCUUCCAAGUAGUAGAUACAUGACAAAUUUUACAGUUAAACAGAAAAACUAAAAGGUAUUUUAAAGAGUUUAUUCAACUUGAAAAAUGACUGGGUUCUGCAAUCACCUUCAGAGGUGUGGAAACCUUGAAGUAAAGCCAAAUUAAAGCCAUAAAAACUUUCACACAUUCUUUUUGUUGUGCGGAUCAAAAAUUCAUUACUGUAACAGUUACAGACUGUAUGGGCAUUGGACACAACAAGACUGUUCAAGAUUCUCAUUCAUUAAUUUUUCUUAAUUUUAUACCACUGAUAUGUGUGAUGUGACCAUGCACCUUAAAAUAAACACUGAAGUUGGUUGCUGUAACAUUUUCUUCAGAUUCAUGCAAACUGCAGGAUCAGACGGGUGUAUUUCUCUGACCGACUUUAUUCAGAAGAUGAACUUCCAGCAGAAUUUAAGCUAUACCUACCUGUACAAAAUAAAGCUAAGGUAAGAUUGAUUUUAUAGCCAAAUUCGUCGUAUCGAGCUGCUCGUUUGCAAACUUCAAAUGGAUUUUUCUGUUCCGUCAAUCAUUGAGUGGGGUGGAGUGAAUGCAAAUCACAAUGCAACACUUGCCCAGCUUGUCCUGCAAAAACAAAACUGAGAGUGACUCUAGACUACUCAAGAAUAGCAAAGGAAAUCAUGAUGAUAAGUGGAAUUUUUGUCAAGGGCAGGAGGUAAACAUUGCUUUAUUCGUGCAAGAGACAAGAAUAAGAAAGAUCAGAAAAAUCUUUGAAGAAAACUAGUAGAUUAUUGUCCAAAACAGGGUGAUCACAAGCAACCAACCUUGAAACACCAAAACAAACAAAUUGGAUUGAAAUGCACCAAUCAGAAGUAAAAAUGUGUUUCCUAAGAGGAAAACAGAAAAACCCAAAAUUCCUUCGAAGUUUGCAAAACGCACAACACAAUACAACGAAUUUGGCUAUGAGUAUAAACAGUGUGAACGUAAUUGCACCAAUGGAAAUGAGAGUUGUAAAGUUAGAAAAAUUACAUGAAUUCAAAACAGCAGUAUUUUAAAAUUUCACCGUAUGACAAUAUCAUUAUUACAUUUGCAUGCUAAAUCUCGGCAAGAAGAUUCCUGUCAAUUUGCCUUUGGCCACUAAGCUAGCCAAUCAUUGUGGUCCAGAGAAAAGUGAUGCUCUAGCGUGACUCAGGCAUUAUUAUUUUAGAAUUCAUGUGUAAAUGUGACUUGGAUAAGUAAUAGUUUUGCAAACAUGUGACUCGAAUUAUUUACUGUUUUGAUAUCAGGCCUAUAGCUAUCAUUUAGGGCAAUCUAUUAACCAAAAGUGUUUGAAUCUGUUAUUUGGGGGCUGCACAAGUAGUUAAUGAAGUAUCAGUUGUGAUUCAGUGUCACUGGCUGAAGAGUAAAAAAAUGUUUGUGGUAUAUUGAUUUAACAUAAUUUUCCACAAUUUUUCCAGUGUUGAGAAAGUAGGGAAGUUUUGAUCCAAACUUUGCUCGUUAGGAGCUGAUAAUUACUAAAAUGAUUUACAUCUAAUCCUUCCCUCAAAUAAGGGGUGGCGAAUGGUAAAAUCCGAGACUCGACGAGACGCUGAGAUCCUAGUUAGAAAUCCGAGCCCGAGACUCUUUGAUGAAAAGUUUCGAGACUCAAAAAAAGUAAAAACAAACCAUGAAAAAACGAGACUUCGAGACUUAUCAAAAACGCUUUCGAGAUUUCGAGAUCCUGCCAAAAUUUUCCGAGACCCACGUUUUUCAAGGUACCCUUCGCCACCCCUCAAAUAAUGUGGAAAUGGGGGACCUUACAGGAAAUUGAUAGAACCACAGACAAUAAUUUAAGGAAAUGCAAAAAGAACAUCGUGAAGUUGAAAAGCUGAACAUUAAUUUUAUCUAUUCAGGACAUCCAGUACCCAGUACAAGGUUUCAAAUACUCCAUAGAAGUAGUAUUCCUUUGAAAACAAAAUUUAGAUGAGAAAAGAACAGUGAUGAUACUGACUAAGAACACUGGUUUUCAAAAGGUGUACAAUUCUGUAACCGAUAGGCCAUUUGCACGAUGAUGUCGUUUUACUCCUACGACCACAAUUCUUUUCGUUUUCCCUUUCAUAUAUAAAUUAUAUGGUAAUCCCAGCAAGGUUUAAAUAACAAAAACCCUCAUUUGCCCAAUAAAGCAAAAUUCUGAAGGAAUCUGGUCCUUGUAGUUAGAUGAUGUCAUCAUGCAAUGGCCUAUUUUUAGAGGAGGAAAUAUGGGGAUAAGCCAUAACCUGUCAGCGGUAAAAAUGUUUGCAAAGUUUUGGUAAAGAACAAAAUCCAAAUGUCCAAGAUGCUAACAAAAUAAACAAAUAACAAAAAUGUAAUGGAGUGAGAUGUCACUGAUGAUGGUUCCUUUUUUCCUUGCAGCCAUGAAAACAAACAUGUCAAUUGUCAGAGGGGAUUUCUUUCUUAAAGCCAGAAAAUUAAACUUAUUCUUUAUCUUCUUGCUUGUUACAGUCCUUUAAAAAGGAUGGUAAAUUUCAGUGUUUAGUUUCACAAUAUUUUUAAAGCCUUUUUGUGCUUAUAUGUUAGAGAUUUUUUGAACCUUAUUAAAGGUAAAAACAGGAGAUAAAUUUUAUGCUUUGGAUAUAACUCACUUUGAUUCAAAUUGACUACACAAUUUAUGAAAUGUUGGACAUUUUUUAUCCAACCCUCAUCACUGUAAACAUUGUAUUAUAUCAUUAUUUGUAAAAAGGAUAAAUAAAUAAUAUACCACAAAGUCUUGCCUAAUUUUUUUAAGAAAGGUAUUUAAAAUUAUUUAACCCAUUUACUGUACAGUGACUAUAGUGGAACUAAGGCUCUGGAGAAAACCUGUCCCUGUUAGGAGGGUCACCCUCCUAGCUGAGUCAGCUUUAGCAAGUGUUUAUAUGGGAAAAAGGUGACCGGCUUGCCUGAGCCAACAGUGUUUGUGGAUGCUCUGAUUGUCUUGCCCUGACAAAGUUGAUCCUGCUACAUAAGGCAAAGUGUUUGUAUGGAUGUAAAGUUGGCCAAGCUAGGAGGGUGACCCGACUAGCUGAGUCUUUUCUUUUCUCAAGUGAACGGUUUGCCAUGUAUUGUAGGUAAAUGUAUGAAAGUUGGCUCAUGCAGGGUAGCAUCUCUAUGUUGGACAGGUUUUCUCCCCAUAAAGAGGACCUGUCUUGUCGAAUGUUACACCAUUAACACCCAUGGAUAUUAUAUUAUCUUGUACUCAGCUAGAACAGAAGACGAGAUGCAGGAAAGAAAGUUGAUACAGUGUUUCAAAGUUCCAAGUUAAUUUUACUUUCAGAGUUUUCAGGAAUGAUUUAUCCGGAAAAUUAUGCCUAAAAUUGUCUUCCUAAGCCACUUGUGACAUCUUCACUUCUAUAACCAUCAAAGAUGAAUUUGAAGGAGAAGAAUUUCUCCUUUUUUAUCUGAUUAUUACUUUUGAUUCACAGCUUCAUUGGAAAAUAAUAGAGUAAACUUAAUAAAUUCUGUGCAAGAUGAAGCAUCUAUCUAUAAACCCAAAGGCCACGCUGCUUUUGAAUGACACUAUUUUUUCUUUGCCAGUUCGUUUAGUUGAAAGUUUCUUUGUAUCAAAGUAUUUUCGUCAGCGGUUCAUGCAUGAGACCCCAACCCAGCUCACUGCACAUAAGAAAAAUGUCACUUUUAGUAAAACAAAGCAUGAAUUUCCACAUGACAAGUGGCCUCUGUGUUUCAACGAUAAUGCAAAGAACCAUCUCUACUAUCGCACUCUCGCGUCUCUAGUCUCUACUAGCUGGUUAUCUUUUAGCCGGACAUAUUAAAACGAGGAAAGCGAAAAUAAGACGCGCGUGACUUGGGAAAGGGGGCAGUGGCGUUUUUCGCAUUUCUUUUUACUGAACGACUUUUCACCACUAUCUCGGAGCCUGGAACAGGCAAGUUAUCUUUACGCUUGAGGGACACCAACACGGCGGAUAACAACCGUUGUCAAGCUGUGUGUCACGUGGAUGAAAACCGAGAAUAUAAAGAAGUGCAUCAGGGGCAAGCCUAUUUUAAAUUCAAGCUUUAUUAUGAAUACUGA